CAAGCAAUGAACUCUACACAGUCUCUGUGAACUACCAGCUGUUUGGGGUUAGUAAACUAACUGGCUUCCGUCAAGUACCGUAAAAUGUAGACAAGAGUGGUACAAAUCGGGCAGGAAAACGUUGAGUUUCCGCCUACGUCAUUACGCGCAUGUGCAGCCGGGGGGGAACGGAUCGGGCACUGACAGGAACCACGAUGUAAACAAAGACAAACAUCGCUAAGUGUUAAACUUCUGUUCCUCUGUUUCCUGAUAACUUUAAGCUCUUCACCUAAUAUUUCUUCUCUGAUAUUACCGUCUUAAACCCGAGCUGGUCAUCCUGCAGCGGAUCUGCGAGCUAGCUGAAGCUAAAGGAGCAGAAAUGGAUGAAAACAAGAUGGUGGCGGGUAAAGUGAAGAAGCCGGGGAAGCGUGGCCGCAAACCGGCGAAGAUCGACCUGAAGGCCAAACUGGAGCGCAGCCGGCAGAGCGCCAGAGAGUGCCGGGCCCGGAAGAAGCUCCGAUACCAGUACCUGGAGGAGCUGGUGUCCAGCAAGGAGAGGGCCAUCUGUGCCCUGAGGGAGGAGCUGGAGAUGUAUAAGCAGUGGUGUUCUGCGAUGGACGCGGGGAAAAUCCCGUCGGAGAUUAAAGCCCUGCUGACCGGAGACGAGCAGAAAACGUCUCAGAGCUCCAAGAAGAAGAACAGCAUCAGCAUGUGAAACAAAUAUAACCUUAUUAUUAUUCAGUCGUAUAUCUCCCAGCCAUGGAGCUGAGUAACCCCUAACGUUCUUUUAGAUGUUCUCCUGUUAAUGCUCUGGGAGUUUCUGCGGUUCAGACAUCAUUCAUACUUUAAUAGAUUUCUGAAGGAUUUCUAAAUCUGCGUGCCUGCCAGGCUUUACUGGAAGCUUGUAUUCUUAAAAACAGGAUUUAUUUAGCUUGAAUAAUGGCUGUGUUAUUGUAAUACAUUCAUCUAUCAAGCAUUGAUUCAUGGUAGACACCUAAAAUCCUUAGCUUGGUUCAAAUAUAGACCUACAAACCACCAGGAUCUAACUUUUAUCCCAGAAUAUCCAGAUUUUCUUUAGUAAAUGUGUGCAUUUAUUCUCCAUAAUCAGCUUUGGUUUGAUGUGAAAUGUAAAAAAGCAUGGAGACACUAAAUACUAAGUACACCUGAACAUCAGUAGGACAGGGACUCAAAAAAUCACAAUUUUAACCUCAGAAUUUAGCAUCUUACACUUUGACAUUUUCACCAUUUCUUUUCUCAGAAUUCGACGUUUUUUAUUUAUUUCACUUUUUUCUCCGAAUUCAAACUCCAUGAUUUUUUCAUUUGAAGUAGGUAUUGUUUUCCUACCUACAAUGGCCUUAAGACCACUUUCAACCAAACUCACCGUGUUUAAAAUUACCAAAAAACUAGGGCAACAAUUUGGGAUAACGUAAGGACCGAACUCACCUAAAUAAAUAACACAUUUUAGUGUCAAAACAAUUCAUAAUGAACCUUUUGAAAGUCCUAAUUGGUGAUUAAUUAAGCCCCGUGUCUGGUGAAUAAACUGGGUGUAGAGCCCCUAUAAACUCCCGUGCUUCUCUCCUGGUAUUUAUAUAUUUAGUUGAUAUUUGACUGAAAGGUGUGCAGGUGUUUCUGGCCGUCCUGCUGUAGCGAUGAUAAACCUGUACAGUGUUGUUGAUAUAUUUUUCUACUUUAUACCGAGGGUGAGCGCUCCGGCUUCUCCAGAGAGACGAUUGUAAAUGAGGACGAAAUAUAGAUUAUUAUUAUUCAGUUCAGAAGUUUGUGUUUUCCUUGCGUAUAAAUCUCUGUAAACGUCGCCUUGUUGUCCGUGAGGUGAGAAACUGUGCACUUUCUUCUCUUUGGCAGAAGCACUUUGUUAGACAAUGUAGUUUGAAGCUUUGCAACGAUCAAUAAAUGAACGUGUUAAAAAUA